AUGGCCCAUAUUACCAGCACUUCAACCUCUCUCAAGCGCCCCUCAGCGUCACAGUCCCCCGCCGAUGAAUCAGCUACAAAACGACAGAAACUACACUACCAUCACAACCACAAGCUCCAUCACCCCGUCAAGACACAACUUCAAGAACCUGCGCUGCUCGACGAUGGCGUUGUGACGCAUCUACUUGAAUGCUCGAUUGGGCAGAUCUUGACGAAAACCGGUUACGACGUUGCGGAGCCUGCGGCGCUGGAUGCUUUUCGACAGGCAACUGAAGAAUAUAUCCUUCACUUGACAUCAUUUGCGCGCGAAUCAAUGAUAGCAGGCAGACGAAUACAGCCCAUCCCUCAAGACUUUGAAUUCGCGCUCCAGCAAGCCUACGUCGGCACCGAAGAAUUAGAACCAUAUAUCAAAGCCACCAAAGCCGAAAAGAUUAUCCCCACACUUCUACCCAGUCCUCCUCCUGAAGAAGAUGAGGAUGUUUUUGGCGCGUUCAGCGAUAUACCAGUCCUCGGCAAAGAGCUAAGUGGCGAAGACGAACGGCAACGAACCAGCUACAUACCCGCACAUUUCCCGCAUUUCCCCAGCAAACAUACGUAUCGAUUUACACCUGUGUACACAGAACGAGAGACCGAUCCACGGCGAAUACGGGAGCUGGGCAUGGAGGAUAGUCGGCAUGGAGAAGAAGCUUUGCGCAAGUUGGCGCGUGCAGCGUUCAAGGAUACGCAUGCUACUGGGACCGGGAAAAGCGAGAAACGGUUAUGGGGACGGAAGGCGGAGAGUGCGGAGACAAUGUUCGAGAAGACGAUUAGAGGGUUGAAUAAGAGGAAACCUAUUACGGCGGCGGCGGCGGCGGAGGGUCAACAAUCGAUUGAUUCGCAAGGUGCGGCACAGAAGGAUGCGAAAUUUUCGUUGUCGAAUCUCGAUCUAGCGCCUAUUGUGAAUUGUGAGAGGAGUUUUUGGAGGAAGAAUACAUCGAGCACACAAAAAGCUGAGAAGUUGCCUGACACGAAUGAGUCUGCUAUUGCGAAGGUUGAGCGAUGGGUGUCGACUUGA